AUCAUAUUAUACAGCAUGCAACGUUGUAAAGAUUAAUAUAUUGCACAGAGUUAAAAGACUCAUUUUUAAAUAGAUCUAGAACGAUUUUGAAAUAUUUUCUCUUAUUUUGGACGACAUGCACAAAUACAUUAAAGAAAUUUAGAAAGAUAAAGUUGAGAGAUACUUCUUGUGUCUCCGAAGGCAGGUCAUCGGUUGGACGCGCACCGAAACGUCCUGUCAAUUUUGUGUAAUCAGAAAACAGCUGAUCAAAGUUAUUUGUGCGUGCAUAAUUAUGAAAAUUCCGAAUAUGAUGAAUCUCGCGCAAGAUUUAAAAUAUUAAAUGACGGUCCUCUUUCUCGACGUAUGAUUCUUUCUCCCAGUCUGCCGAUGCGUCUUUGAAGAAUUCCACGCAGAUACAAAUCAAUGUUUGCUCCACGAAGAGCAUCUCAAGAAGGAGUCAAAUUAAGUAUCUGUAUGUGAGUACGAUUUAUUUGGCUGAUAAUUGGCAUUGAUCAGUGACCAUUUUCCUAUAAUUAUCGUAUACUUACGAUUCACCAUUACGAAAGGAGAUAAUGCGGCAAACGAGCGAGAAAAAGUAAUCGCGUAAACAAACUGUAGCAGUUUUGCGAAUAUAGAAUGUUAACAUUAGAGGACGUGGAAUGCAAAGAUUUCUCCAAAGCCACAAUGGAAGAUGAGGAAACUAAUGAAGGUAGAAUGGAUGGAGGAAACUAUGAAAAGAACAAAUAUCAGAUAACCAGUGAACAAAUACUCAACACAGCACUUUUGUCUUCAGAAGAUGAUGAUGAUGAUGAUGAUGAUGACGACGAAGACGACGAGGAUGAUGAUAAAGAUGAUGAUGAUGAUGAUGACGAUGAUGAUGAUGAUGAUGAUGAUGAUGAUGAUGAUGAAGAUGAGGGUGAUGAUAUUGAAUCUCAGGAAAAUAAUGUAUCCUCUGAACUCCUUUCUAUUGAAAAUGACUCUGAACUUACUAGUGAAUCCGCUAUUACUGAUUGGAACAACCUCAAAGUAGAAUCGCCUCUUUCAUGUAUUAAUUCUGUACCGAACAGUAAAGAGUUUUUUUUAAUAACUCAAUUAGAGUCAGACAAUGCACUGAUGACAAAGAAAUUAUGCAGUAAACGUUCUCUGACUAAUAAAAAAUCUAAAUCACAGUAUCGUUCUAAACGACGUAACAAAGUAUUACUGUUAAGACAGCUUUUACCUAAGCAUGAGCCGAUAGUUGAAAUAAAGGAAGAAGAGCAUUCUAUUAUUUCUACAGAAAUUGAUCAUAUAUCAUCCAUGGAAGAAAUAGAUUAUGAGGAAUCCAUGGAUGAAAUCGCUGAUUCUAAGGGUAAUAUGAGUCGUAUACAAAAUUUUCCAUCUUUGCCUUUAUAUUACACAGAAGAUGGUAAACCGUAUUUAAAAUGUUCAGCAUGUGGUGCAAUAUUUUUUACUUCAAACUCAUUUGAGAAACACUUGUACUCACAUAUGUACGAGGAAGACGACACUUUUGUAUGUUCCUUUUGUGAUUAUACGAAUACUGAGCCAGGAAUGUUAUUUACUCACUUAUCUAAACACCAGAAUCAGUGUGAAUUUUGUAAUGAAAACUUAUUGCGUAAAAGUAAUUUCGAAAAGCAUUGGGAUAUAAGAGCAUCCAACUUUACUAUGAAAAGAGAUCAUCAAGGAAGAUUUGUAUGUACGUUGUGCAAGUUAGUGUUUGAUCUGUUACCACAAUUGGAAAAGCAUUGGCUUAAACAUGCUUGUAGAAGAGAACGAACCUACCAAUGUAAAGAAUGCAGUGGACUGUAUGAGAGCAGAGAGACGCUAAAAAAUCACAAAUGCAUGAAAUGCGCAAUUUGUGGGAAUGUUUAUGAUAGCUUGCACAGAUUAAAAAUACACACCAUGUGGACAAAACACAAUAUAAAGUGUCCAAUUUGUUCUUAUGAGUUCAUUCUAACCAUGGAUCAUGAGAAACACUUAGCAUUACAUAGACAAACGUUCAGAACUAUGAAAGCUUAUCUCCAUUGUCUGCAGGCAGCAGAUGGAAAAACAUUCCAAUGCAAUCUUUGUGACAAAAUAUUUUAUGCCUUACCUGCUCUUGUGUUGCAUCUUCAAGAAGAUCACAAUGUUCAAAAUGUCAAACAAGAGGUCCAAGAUGAUGAUGAAUGUAACGAAGAAGAAAAAGGGGAGUCUAUUAGCGAAAUCUUACUUCGCCAGCUAAAAGAGCAAACUGUAAAUUAUAUGAAUAAAAACAAUAAUUUAAAUACGUCAAAAGAUAAAGUCGAAUUCCAAAAUACGCUAUGAAUUUAAGAUAAUGCCAGCUAAAGUAGAAAAGAAAAUUAAUACAAAUGAAAUGUAAAGGAUCUGAAACUGAUAUUUAAGAUUUACUUGUAAUAAUAAAAUGUGCCGUUGGUAAGGAUCAGUCACUCUGUAGUAUAUAUUAAGUACAAUUAAACAUGACUGGCGAUGAACAACUUAUAAAUUAUUGAUAGUAGCAUGUAUUCAAUAAUAUCUGAUCAAAAAGUUCUUCAAAUAAACUGUAUCACAGUUUCACCUCACUUGACACAGGGAUGAACAUAUACUUGUAUAUUUUUUUAGCGGUUGUGUAAGAUACAGAAUGUCGCUCGCUUAACCAGAUACUAAAUAUUGUCACAGAGACGAUAAUAUUACUUUAAGAAUAUAAUUAAGAAUCUCAUGCGAAUACUCUGCGCGUGGAACUUUUUCGAUCAGAUAGCAAGGUAAUUUUCUAGCGGUUUCUUGAAAUAAUGUAAUCACCGUGUCAUACAUUUUCUGUGUUUUGUAUUAGGAGAUGUAAACUUUAAGCUAAAUGUGACAUUUGCAUAUUUGGCUGUAUCAUGUCUGCCCCUAUGUAUCGAGAAAGCAAUAUAGAGCUAUCAAUCCUGCUGUAACUUCGCCUAAUUUUUUUUAUUCUACCUAAUUUGUAGACUACGAGUCUUAUGCAUUUUUAUAAAAUAUCUUACGUGUAUAGAAUAAUAUAACAGAAUUGUCUUACUGAAAAUUUAUUGACAGAUGUUUAUUUUUGUUUUAUAACUUUAAAUAAAAGAAAUAAAUUGUUGAUAAAUUCCCGGUUUCGAAAUCAGAAUAGUCUAGGUUUGUAAAAAGAUCCGCGGUCUACCGAUUACUUUAUGUUAUACAUGUUUGAACCAGUUUAUAACAUUUUUAUAACGUUUAUCACUUUUCUAUGGAUUAGUAUUGAUCAAUAGGAAUUUCUAGAAUUCAUCAUCAUUUAUGUAAGCGCAAACAUUUCAUUAAAAUUACUGCAUAAAAUGCCUGGGGUAAACAUGAUACAAGAUCAAAUGGCUGGAAAACAUCUGAAACUCGCUGUUCGUUUUACUUUUAUGCGUAUUAAUAGAAUUUCAUAAAUAUAUCGGUAAAUCUUACGGAGUACAAUCACUCGUAAGUCUGAUCAUCGUAUUUAGGUCUAUGUAAUACGCACGAUAGCUCGCAUAAAGAAUUAGAUCUCUUAACUAUCCUCUGUGAAAAAUAAAUAUUCAUGAGUAGUAACAUUUUGUUUGUACAUUUUCUUUUUUUCUUUAAAUUUUUCUCAGUUUUUUAUCAAAGCCGAAAUAAUAGUAUAUUGCGUUUGUAAGAUCUUGUAAUCAGGAGGUUAGAACUUGGUUAGUAUACGAUCUGGUCAAUUUUAACCAGAAACAUUAAUGCGACAGAUAAAAACAGUACGUAGUUUUUCUUUUUCGUGAGUUCUCAUCUCUCGACAACAAGAGUGAAAAUACUUUGGAACGCGCAAUUAUUUGACAUUGCAUUGUAUGGUUGUUAAUACACAUACACAUAUAUAGAAAUUGUUGAAGAUCUUCAUAUACUUCAAUGUACUUCACACCGUUGCUCCCUUUUCCGUUUAUCACUUACUCUCCAAUGUUAUUUCAUGUAUACAAUAAAGGACAAAGCUAUACUUGAUCAUAUCCAUCAUAUCAGAUCAUAUCCAUUGUUGAGGGAAUCUAUAGUCUUUGUCACAUUAUAUUGAUCAAGUUGUUGUAAUCUUGCCAGUAUAUUAGACCAUUCAAAUUUAUAUAAAUUCGGAUUCAUAAAAAUCGCGUUCUCCUCAUGGUGCUGAUUACACGCGAGUAUGAAUUUGACAUCGUUAUACCAUAUGAACCUGGUAUGAAUCAGAAAUA